UUGGCAGACAGACACAGACGUUUGAAGGGCGGUGAUGCAAAAGGUAUUGCGAGCGACAUGAAAGAGGUUUAGUUCUUACGGAAAUAUUUAUUUUAUUGUUUACAACUCUGUGGCAUAAUUUUAACGGAAAGACCUCGAUUACAUUGGAAAAGCAAGUUACCGUAUCCGAUUAUAACAAGCGAACACGGCGCCUCGGACCUGAAUCCAUGCUAUAGGUUUAAUGUCACUCGGUGAAAGUAACCUAUACCCAUAAAUGGCUCUGAUACCUACCGAUGACUGUAAACUGAACAAUCAAUCUACAACUAAUGGGAGAAUCUGUGCAAGAAAAACAGGUUUUCAGGGCCGGUCUGGCAGUUUUAAAAGUGUCAGAAUGCAACCUAAAGAAAGUGACUAUUCAACCGAUGGCUUACCGAAAGCCUUCCUCCUCAGCCUUAGGACACUCUUUGAUAUUUUAGAUGACGGAAGGAGAGGUUUUGUCCAUAUAUCAGAGAUAGAGGGCCGAUGGCAGGGCGCAGACACACAGGACCUACCCGGCGGGGUGCUGGAGUGCUUGCGGCGGGCGGCUCCACCACAUGGCUGCCUCACCUUCCAGAGGUUCGUAGCUGGCCUGCGCUAUUCAAUGCUCAACCCCGACAAUAAUAAUGAUCACUUUAAGGCAGAGGCGGCUCUCCAGACCGCAAAGCCGUAUCCAAACCAUAGUUUGCCCCCUCAACUGACAGAAUCCGCCUCGCAUUCUACGUGCAAUGUCGGCACGCGAAUUGAUAACAAACCUCGGCCUCUGGGGCCGAGCAAUGUGGCAAAUACGCAACAGAAGCCCCGAGCGACCCCGCUGCACGACCGGGUCCGGCCGGAGGACGGGAGGAGGUACCCUUCCUGCGGGACAGCGAGGUACGACGCGGGGUGCGAAAGGUCCGGAAGGUGUUUGGAGCGGGUCUCUGUUGUACCCGUGCAAUAUAUCGGGAAGCAAGGUGUUCAGCCAGGUCGUGUCCGGGCCAUUGAUUUGCUUGCGCUGGAAUCUUCACAGUUCCUAAGAUCUACGACGUGUGCUGUUGAGGCAGGGCUCCAGAGAUCUCGGAGCGAAUCAGCGAAAGGAUUAAGGGCCGGCUCAAUGCGACAUCAGCGGAGCCGAGAAGAGCAGCGGCGCCACACCAUCACCAAUGGAGUCGAUUACGGAAUGCUGAAGCAGAUGAAAGAGCUGGAGCAGGAGAAGGACUCCCUGCUGGCCGGCCUGGAGCAGGUGGAGCGCGCCCGGGACUGGUACCAAACCCAGAUCCACAGCGUCACCGAGAGACAGCAACUGGUUGGCCAAAGCGACCACUGCAUGGAAGGGAGUCCAAGUCAUAUCAACGUUUUGAUUCCUAAACUGCAAGAAGUCAAUCGCUGCCUUAAUGACCUCAUUGCCUGCACUGAGGGGAAUCAAUUUCAUCCUCCUGGUGUUCAGAACAGCACCUACCCCCCUAGUCCCAAUCCUUCCUGCAACCAUCCUUCCAGCACCCAAGCUCCUCCUCAGGCCAUCCAGAGGCUAAAAGAGCAGAACCGUCUUCUAACACAGGAGGUGACUGAGAAGAGCGACCGCAUCACCAAGCUGGAGCAAGAGAAGUCUGCACUGAUCAAACAGCUGUUUGAGGCCCGCGCACACAGGGCACAUGAUACCAGCACUAUGGAUUCAACCUUCAUCUAGAAUCACACUUCUAAGUCAAUGCACACUAUGAUCAUGCAAACUCCCGAAGCAGAUAUCCUAUUUACUACAAACAAUACGCUAUUCCACCCAUGAAAUUAACGUGGUCUUGGUGUUCUGAUCUGGACUGAUGUGGGUUUGUCAGGGUGAGGGCUAGUACUAUGGUUGUAGUCAUUGGGUUAAUCAGGGUUAUAGCUAGUUCUAUGGCUGUAGUCAUGGGGUUACCUUUGGGAUUGAUCCCCAUCUACUUCCACCUGCCCCACCACCCGCACCUCCCCCAUCACCUCAACCCCUCUGUAGUGUUGUGGUGUAAUAACUAACUGGGACUUGUUGAGAUCCUCUUCUGAUUCCCACUUCUGAAUUUAUUAUUGCAAGUUCAAUAAUACCAUUGAAAAAAGCCAAAUGGUUGAUUUAAUUGGAAUGGUGUACGUUACCAGAUUUUUAUUGCUGAAUAUUUACAUUUUGCUUGCUGUGAAAUAUUGACGUUUAUUUAAAAAAAUGUGUGGCUCCCAUGUUCCCGACAGUCCUUUUAGUCGAUUCCUUUACUUUAUGAAAGAGGCCUUAUGAUGGAAUGUAAUCUGUGUUCAAAAGGUUUGGUCACUAUAGCUGCAGGUUUAGUUUAAUGGAGAGAUGUUCUCUCGACAUUAAAUAGAUAUCAGGACGCAUGUUUUACCAAGGAGGUGUAGUCGUGAAGAAGGUAGGAAAGAAGUUUGCACGUAGAAUGGACUUAAAAGAGAAUACUAAUGACAUAGUAUUCAUUGAAUGUGUGGGAGCCUUUCCCACUUUUCAAAGGUGACCAUUUUGGCUGCAGGAUGUGAGUGGGAAGCUCAGAUUAGAGGGCUGUAGAGGGUGGGCUAAACCAGAAGGACUCCUUGGUGGCUAGGCUUUUAGUGACGUGUGACGUGGCUUUCCUGUUUUGGUCAAGGUUUUUAAUAUGAGGUUGCGGGACAAGAGGCAUAUGAUGUGAUCGGCAUCUCUGGGAGUUGAAUGGCCGAGUGUGAAUGCUCAGGGGAGGAACUGGGGCCUCAUCUAGGGAUGCACCAAUUACACUUUGUCUCAGACAAAGGCCAAGUACUUACAUUGGGAACUCAACGAUACCGAGUACCGAUAUCAGUACUUAAAAACUAUUGGUUGAAAAAAUACGCCCCCCUCUAGAAAAGAGGGGGGCGUGUUAUCCCCAUGGUUACAACCCACGGCAACUUUGUGAAACUUUUUUUGUACCGUUGUGUAUGAGCGUUAUAAUGAGCGGAAUUGUGUAUGAAAUGCGCCACACGCCGUAGCGAUAUACUAAAGGAGUCAUGGAAUCCUUACCCUCAGAUGCCGGUAUUCAAUAAAUUGAUGCUAAGACCAUCCACAUCCACACACCCUUGCGGCAUAAAAUAAGUGUCCGAAAAGCUAAACUUUCUCUCUGAGGCCACAGUCCACCGCUGGUCGAACAGAGCUCCACACGUCUACCCAAACUGCCCUUUUCUCUCUAAAUUGGGGACUUAUUUUAGUAACAGUGAUAAAAUGGCAUUGAUUACAUUAGGGUACAUGAGCACAGCAUGGGGCCCAAGUCCAAGUACUGGGAUCAGUAUCGGUGCAUCCAUCAAUUUGAUUUGUGGCUAGAAUGUGAAGCCCUCUGAGACUUUGUGAUCCAAUCACACAGAAAAGGUUUUAGAGAAAUUAACAAGGAAAAAAGUGCUUUUUCACUUCAUGAGGAAGGACAAAAGUGACAAAUGUCCCUUUUGUCAAGAUACAUCCUUUGUGAUGCUUUCUGAAAGCCUUUUGUGUAGCCCAUGUUUAGGUCCAAAAUAUUUAAAAUUGUGAAGAAAUUCAUGCAUUAAACCUUUAUUAAAAGGUUCCCUAUAACAAUUAAUGCUCCAAUGAAUAAAUGGGUUAGGGAAAGAGAUAGGCUACAAAACAUUUAGGGUAGGAGUUAGGGAUAGGCUACAAGACAUUUAGUUAUACAGACAACACAUAAGUUGGAAUCUUUUUAAAUUGUAGAAGUAGGAACGAUGUUCAUAUUUUUGCAUGGAAAUUAGUGGUAUGGUAGGGAUGUGUACGUCACGUGAAAAGCUGAGUACCAUCCUGUGUUUACUUUUCCGAUUGUUUGAUUCUAUGACCCUGAUUGUCUUGCUAGGUUACCUGACUUGUGAAUGCAACCAUAUCCUCUACCAGCUCCAUUCAAGCGUGUAUUGCAGUUUCUAACAAACUACAAUAAUGAGACAAAAUGGCGCUCCGCCCUCAGUUUUUUAUAAUCAAAUGUCAUAACAUAUAUUAUAAUACAUAUAUAAAAUAUAUAUUAUAAUGCGUGUAUAUUCCUUUACUUUUCAUUUGCAUACAACAGUUAUUGCACAGGAUUUCCUUAAGAUAUUAGUAUUAGUUGGACUGCUGUUAGUAAAAAUACAGUAUGUAAAAAAUAAAUCUUGCCUAUCUAUUAAAGCAUAUGGCGCAUCCUGUCCAGA